AUGUUUCACUAUGCCGACUACAUCAUUUUUCUUCUUUUCCUUAUCGUGUCUCUUGCCAUUGGUCUAUAUCACGCUUACAAAAGUAGAAAAAACAAAUCGGCAGACGAGUUUUUGAUGGGAAACCGGAAAUUGCACCUAUUUCCGGUUUCCGUUUCAAUUACGCUGUCGUUCAUUAGCGCUGUUCUUGUUUUAGGUCAGCCAGCGGAAGUACACACGCGGGGCACGCAGUUCGCCAUGGUCAUUUGCGGUAUCUGGAUCGGUAGCAUCAUCUCAGCCAUCGUCAUCGUCCCCCUCUUCUAUAACCUCAGGGUCACGAGUUCAUACGAGUACUUGGAGAAAAGAUUUAAGUCUGAAGGAGUCAAGCUGGUCGGAUCGAUCACUAUGAUUGUAUACAUGGUAUUUUAUUUGGGGGUGGUCCUCUACGGGCCGUCAGUAGCCCUAGAGGGGGUGACCAACAUUCCAAUGUGGGUCUUCAUUGUCUUGUCCUCCGUUAUAGCUACCGUGUAUACUACACUCGGUGGAAUGAAGGCCGUUAUAUGGACGGAUGUUUUCCAGGGACUGUGUCUUAUUACCGGAAUGGUUGCCAUUGUUAUUCAGGGCAGUAUUGUAACUGGUGGACCGUCGGUAAUAUGGCAACGAAACAUCGCAAUGAACAGAUUAGAGCUCUUUAACAUGGAUCCUAACCCCGCCCUACGCACGACCUUCUGGUCUGCCUUCAUAAAUGGUAUCUUCGUCUCCUUUUACAACUUCGGCAUCGGUCAGACCACGGUCCAGAGGUACUGUGGAUUGGAUAGUCUGGCGAAAGCAAGAUGGUCACUUAUAAUUAACGCCAUCCUGAUGACGUUGAUACUGGGCAUCGUGACAGCCGUCGGCAUGGUCGUCUUCGCUUACUAUGACGUCAUCGGCUGUGACCCAAUCAGAGCCAAGCUCAUAACCACGCCCAAUCAGUUGUUGCCCCACUUUAUAAUGGACGUCCUGAAUUAUCCAGGGUUUCCCGGGCUAUUUAUAUCCGUCCUAUACGGCGGAGCGCUGAGCACAGUCUCGAGUUCGCUCAACUCACUGGCAGCCGUUUGCUACAACGACCUGCUCAAGAAGUUCCUACAACGGCGCAACUUCAGUGAUAGCCGGAAGACACUCGCCACCAAAAUUCUGGGUCGGUAG